AUGGUGUAGUUAAAUGCUAUACGGAUAAUAUAAUUGAUGGCUUUCCCACGAUUAAAUAAUAUUAGUUUCUGAUUACUACCUCCUUCAUUAAUUUUACUAUUAGCUAGUUCAUUAGUAGAACAAGGAGCUGGUACAGGUUGAACGGUGUAUCCACCAUUAUCUGGUAUCCAGAGUCACUCAGGUGGUUCUGUAGAUCUAGCUAUUUUCAGCCUUCAUUUAGCUGGUAUUAGUUCUAUGUUGGGUGCCAUGAACUUCAUUACUACUAUUAUUAAUAUGCGACACCCAGGAAUGGCCAUGCAUAAAUUACCAUUAUUCUGUUGA